AUGGAAACAGUUUCUUAACAUAUAACACAACUGAAUUAGAAAAAUUAAGAACUCUCUGCCUUAGAAAACAGAAUAAACUAAUUGAAAUAGUAAUUGAAUUUGCAAUAAGCAAAUAAUAAUAUCUUAAAGACAAAAGUAGAUAAGAUAGUCUACUCUAAAAAAUAAAAGUUUUAUGACUAAAUGAAGGUAACCUCAUUGCUAAAAGGAUUUAGUUGAAAUAAAUGCUACAAAGUAGUGAUGUAAAUAAUGAUGGAGUCUAAUAUAUGGUUCAAAGAAAUAAAGCUUUAUUGAAUGAAGAAUUAAGACAAAAUAAAUAGAAUAUGUUGGAAGAGAAGUAUCUUCAAACUUAAUAGAUGAAAUAAAAAUUGGAUUUAGAAAUGCUUAUAAAUUAAAAGAAAAGAGAUCAAUAAUUAUUUUAGAAACAAUAACAAUAUGCAAAAGUAUUUAAUACAAAUAUUUAUUAGAUAUCAGAAUGGGAAUUCAAUUUAAAACUCAACCUAAAAUAAAGAGAAAUAGAUAAAAUUGAUAAAAUAAGAUUAGAAGAAAAAGAAUUUAAAGAAUAACUAGCUUAAAGAAUGUUAGAAUAAUAAUAACAUUGUGAUUAAUUGUCUAAUGAAGAAUAAUAAUUGAUGAGGUAAAUUAGUAUAUAAUUAAUUAAGUAAAUUAAAAAGUUCAUAAUAGUUUGAGAAUUCUUUAAAGUAUGAUCUAAAAACUGCUAUGAGUUUAAGUAUUAAGGAUUAUACAAAUAAUGCAUCUGUAUCAAUCCCUACUUAUUUCAAAUCAUAUAGUUCAUCUAAAUUAUUAAAAUAACCAUUAAAUAGUCCUUAUGCUUAGUUGCCAACAAUGCUCAAGAAUAAAAUGAGUGAAUCAAUUAAUAAAAGCAAAAAUAAUAACGAAUCUCUUAUGAAAGAAUACUAAUUUUCUUUACCUUCUCUUUGUAAACCAUCUUUUAUAGAGUAAUAACAAUAAGUUGAAAGGCUAUUUUAAUCCAAAAGUGUAAAAAAUAGUAAAUCAGAUUUGCAUUAGAUAUUGAAUUAUUGUGAUCCAAAAGGCAUAGUUGAAAAGAAAUCUAAAUUUCAAAUUAAUUAAAGUGAAGUAAUUUAAAAUUAAGUAAGUACUUAAUCAAUUAAGCAAAAUAGAUAAAAAUCAUAAGAGUAAGAAUAAAAUAAAGAAUAAUUAAUAUAAGAAAUAUAAAAUAAAUAGGAGGUAGAAAAAUUAAAUUAGAAUUAAGAAGAAGAAGAAGAAGAAUAUUAAUGA